GAUUGAAUGUUUAGCUGAACGUUAACAGUGAACAGAAGCAAUUAAGUUGGCCUAAGUAACGUCAACUUAAAUAUGUAUAUCGUGUUUCAGUGUUCUUAGCCAGCUGUAGGUUAUAUCUAUGAACAGAGUUACUAGGCUGUCACUUGUAAAAAUAGAUUGAUAUGAUCGAUGACACUGCUGUCCUUUCACACAGUGGGGAAACACAGUACAACAGAGAAAAGCUACUGCAAGGUCAAGGUGUGGACAUGCCCUUGUCAGAAACAGGUGUGCAGCAGUGUGAGGCAGCUGGACAGUACCUCAGAGAUAUCACAUUCAACACUGUGUUUGUCAGCAACCUACAACGGGCUGUACAGACAGCUGAAAUAAUUCUGAGGAACAACACUCACUGUUCUGGCAUGGAGAUGUUUUUGGAACCAUUACUCAGAGAGAGGGGUUUUGGCAUCGCUGAAGGGCGUCUCAAAGAGGAUCUGAAGAACAUGGCCAACGCUGCCGGCCAGUCAUGUCGUGGCUACACACCACCAGGAGGAGAGACUUUAGAGCAGGUGAAGCUGCGAUUCAAAAAAUUCCUCAAAGUCCUUUUCAAGCAAAUGUGGGAUGAACACGGCUGGUCAGGACUAGAUGCCUCUGCGGGGGCAUCAAGAGCUGCUAAUGGAUCUGUAGCUGCUGGAUCUGUAGCCGCUGCCUCUGACGCCGCUUGUCUUGGUUCGGCUCACGAUGGUCUGCAGGGAGUGUUGGUCCACACCCUGGUCGUGAGCCACGGCGCCUACAUCCGUGUCGCCAUCAGGCACCUCGUAGAGGACUUAAGGUGCUCUCUGCCCACAGGGGUGAAGACGUCCCAGCUGUUUUCUCCCUGUCCAAACACAGGCAUCAGCCGCUUUAUUCUCACUCUGAGCCAGUCUGAGUGCGGCCCAGUCCUCUCCGAUGCUCGCUGCGUUUUUACCAACAGAAAGGAGCACCCAGAAGACCUCACAGCUACUCAGUAGUGUAGAGGGAAAGAACUGGAAGUUUUAUGUAUGAAGCAUGCAUACGGUGUACUGCUAAUGGAAGUAUCAGGAACACUGAAGGGGAAAGAAAGGCAGAGACCUCAGAGUUACCACAGGUAACUGAAUAUAGCAACGCACAGGCCAGGAUAACUUAAUAAUUGGGUACUGUAUUAUCAUCAUCCCUCCAACUAUAGGUCUGUAAGGGUUCGUGUCAUAUUAAAUAUUUAAUAUUGUUAA